AUGGCCUCAGAACUGGCAACUGAAUCGGAGCCUACGGUGUCUCAGGAUUCGAGCCUCCCACAUUUCACUGCGUCUUCAACCGUUCACACCGAUCUUUCUCAACCAGACUUUUCCGGUGAUUUCGGCUACCUCUGUUCGGAUAUCAGUUACUUUCAAGUCCUUCCAACAACGGCAGACUCUCCAGGUCAUUUUUCGCUUCUCAAGGAAGAGGGGACAGAGGAGAGUGUUUCGAUGGUUCCUAUGACCACGCUUCAGGAUAGGGAUGGAGAACAGCAGGGAGUCUUCGACGUUAGCUUUCAGUUGACCUCCCCCGUUGACUUAAUGGAGGGGCAGACGACUCUGGGACAUGACGAACUUAGAGCACCGACUUUGGGCUCUUCUACAACUGCUAUUACGGAUACAUGCGAGCAGCCGACCUCAACUUUCUCGCAGUUUGAUGAGCUUCCCCUUAAAGAUGCUGGGGUGCCAACGUCUACGGAGCUUCCGACGACAUUGUCGGUGUUUGACGACACUCUUGCUGCAGCAAUGGAGGCUUUGGCUCAGGCAUCCCAGGUCAACAAUAGUUUCCUGCCCGAAGCUGGCGGCUUGAUUGAAGGUGGCCUGGAGGGCACC